AUGGCUACAUUUGCGUCUGAGUAUCGUGUUCUCUCCAAGAAUGAAAAGUCUAAUGACAUGAUUGAACUGAAAAAUGGUUUAGGCUUCAUCUUCAGGAGAACACGUUCUCAGUUCGCAGUUGUUCGUUAUAUGCGUUUUGAUUUAGAGAAACGAGAGGAGGACCAUUUUCAGAGUCUGAUGCAAUUGUUCCUUCCUUAUAGAGCUGACUCAGACCUCAAACCCGAAGGCUUUGAGAUGUUUAGUCAGUUCUAUAAACGUGGUGAGGUGACAUUUAGUGAUGGCUCUGUGCAUUCAGUUAAGAGCGUGGUUGACGAGAACAGGGCAAAGUUUGAUGUAGAUUGUCUUGAUUUGGAGAGAGCUCGGGAGAUUGUCGAGCAAAACGGGAUUGAUGAAGAAGUUUGGGGGGAGCUGUGUCCUGAGCAGGAAGUGGAACACCUUGAAUGUGUAGAGGAAAUGAGACAGCAACAGGAAGGUGAGAAAGGAGAUGAACAGUUAAUGGAAGCAGUGGAGAAUGUUCCAGACUUGGCUGUUGAUAACAGACAAUUAACACAUUUAGAGAGAAACAGGGAAAUUAUGCCUAGAAGUGAGGGGUUAGCUUUGGUUAGGUCUCUGAAUGAGACACAGAUGGCUGUUUUUUAUAAGGUCAGACAGUGGUGUUUGCAGAAGGUGAUGGCUAAAAACCCAGAGCCUAUGCAUGUCUUUGUGACAGGUGGCGCAGGGACAGGGAAAAGUCAUUUAAUUAGAGCUAUUCAGUACGAGGCAGGGAGGCUGUUGUCAACACUUUCUCAUCAACCAGACGGUAUUUGUGGUUUGUUAACAACAGGCAUAGCUGCACACUCUUUAAACACAGCAACAAUUCAUCACACACUGAGUAUUGGCACACACUCUAGUUUACCUUAUACCCCUUUGGAUGAAGAUAAACUAAACUCUCUAAGAGCAAAAUUUAUUCACCUCCAAAUUUUAAUCAUUGAUGAAAUCAGUAUGGUUGAUCACAAUCUGUUGACCUAUGUCCAUGGCAGGUUGAGGCAGAUUAAGCACACUGGUGACUUUUCCCCAUUUGGUAAUGUUAGUGUGAUAGCUGUUGGUGACUUCUAUCAGUUGCCUGCUGUUAAAGGGAAGCCUCUGCAUAACAGUCACGUUGGUGUGGACUUGUGGUGCCGCUUUAGUGUAGUGGAGCUGAAAACAAUAGUUAGGUAGAAGGAUAGCUCAUUUGCAGAGUUGUUGAACAGGUUCCGAGUGCAUUCCAAGAAAACCCCCAUGUUAGAGAGCGAUGUUGAGUUGUUGAAAUCACGUGAGACAGGGGAAGAGAGCUCGGCCUGGCAUAUUUUCCCAACAAAUAUGCAAGUAAAUGAACGCAAUUUCAAUAAGUUGUUUGCCAUGUGUCCUGAUUACAUCAAAAUUGAAGCUAAAGAUUUCAUAACAAACAAGAAAACAGGGAAAUUGUAACGUGGCACUCAUAAUAAUGCACUGGACACAUGUUUAGAACAGACUUUGUGUUUGGCCAAGAAUGAGUGUGUGAUGUUAUGUAAGAAUGUGGAUGUUGAAGACGGUCUGCUCAAUGGAGCAUCUGGCACAGUUACUGACAUGGAUUUUGGUAAAGAUAAAACAUUUCCUCUAAAAAUUUAUGUUAAAUUUGAUGAUGAUAAAAUUGACUAACAGAGGAGGAAGACAUAUGCACAUGCAGCAGUAGAAUGCAGGGAUUCUACUGUUAUUGAUCCAGAGAAGGAGAAGGCCACUAAACGGGGUUGUGUGCGUUUACAGUUUCCUCUGAGGUUAGCGUGGGUGUGUACUGUUCACAAAGUUCAGGGCUUAACGGUAGAUGAGGCUGUAGUGUCAUUGAAGAAGGUGUUUGCACCUGGGCAGGCGUAUGUGGCUCUGAGUUGUGUUAGGGCUUUGUCUGGACCGAUCAUCAGGGAUUUUUACAGAGAAGGCCAUUUACUGCAAGGACACCAUAAAGGAGGCCAUGGAUAGCAUGCCUCCAUUUUUAAUUGAACAGCCAAAGCCUUCAAUAAAUGCACAAAGUUUCUCUUUGUAUUUAAUGAACGUUCAGAGUUUAAGUCGCCACCUGUCAGAUUUGGUGUCUUGCACAGAGCAUUUGCAGCCUACCUGUAUUGCUGUCACAGAAAUGUGGCUCACUGCACAAACCUCAUUAAACAGUGUGCAAAUGCAUGGUUACACUUUCCACAGUCGUCCUCGAGGUUUGUGUUACACCAGCAGUAACCCCAAAUUGUCAGAGCUACAAAAUCUACAACAUGGUGGAAUGUGCAGUGAUGCCCACGUACUUCAGUGAUCAUGAAGGUAUUCUGUGUAGUUUUAGUGUUAAAGAUGAUCAGGGACAGUUAGACGACAUAGAAAGUUUGUUUGUGUUUGAUGAGAGCAGGAUUAAGUUAAUUUGUCUGAGUCAAUCAGCUACAUCGCAGUGUCCCAGCACAAGUGUUAUCGUAUUCAUGUUGUAGUUGUGCUUAUCUGUUGGGUUUUGGAACACACUGACUUGUGUGUUGUUCAUGGUGUGUAGGCUGGCUUUCAUUAUGGAUGUUGUCUUAUUUAGUGUAGAGUCUGUCCCACUCCAACUGGUCAAUCGUGUGUAUAAAUUUCAGAUUUUGUAGUAUUGUGGAGAGAUUUGGGAUUGUUAUGUAUUGUGUGUAUUAUGUGAAAAUGAUCAUGAAAUGGAGAUUUUAGAUUUAUUUAUUAUUAACUUAUUUCUUUGACGGUGAAGCACUUUGUAACUGGUGUUUGUGAAGAUGUGUUAGUCUCUGUUUGCCACAUGAUAGAUGUUGGUCUCUUUUACAACUUUUAAUGUAUAUUCCUGCAUGUUUCAAUUCAUGUUACCUUUAUUCCUGAUGUGUUAAUAUACAACAGUUUUAAUCUUCAGUGAUUUUAAUAUGAAAAGGUCAAUGUCAACUGAACAAAUGUAUCUUAAAAGGAAAUUUUAUUUAAUAACUGAGCUGUAAUGCAUUUCAGACAUUUGUAUUUUUGUCAUUACAAUGUACUACAUGAACUUCAUCUUCAGUAGUUUAAAUAUGAAUUCUUCCUGUUUAUGUGCAGGAACUAUUAGCAAAUCUGUUCUGGAACCCCAAGGCACAGACUCUUCAUUCUGCACGCCUGAGCUGCCAAACAGGACAGUUAAAAAACAUAAAAAAACACACAUUAUUGUCAUUGUUGUUACUGUUAUUUUUCCAUGCUCUCACCUCCCCUUUGCGUCCCCACUAUCUUAUGUUUUCUCUCUCUAUCCUUUUAAACCGCUACAGUUUUAAAGUAAGGUUGCAGCAGGGGACUAGAUCUGACCCCUUGUUUGCAUAGUAAAUCUGUCUGUAGAAUCACUGAAGUUGACUAAGUGGUUUGGUUACCUUUGGUAUUGAAACUCCAGUGUUUGUUUUUGUCUGAAAUGAAUUUCCUGGUUGAAGAUGCUACUGUGAUGGAGUGUCCCCAACCUUCCAACCCCUCAAGUGAUGAUGACUUGUAUCAAGAGGGGUUUUGGGAUAAAAAUCCAUAUGUAUUUUUCUGUUCCGCCAAAAUGGUUCAUAGUAACUGUAGUUUUGCAUAUUUCAUGUCAAAAUCAAUAUCUGUAUCAAAUAAAUGAUAAAUGUCAUCCGUUUAGAUUACAGUUUGUCAGCAGAGACAAAAUUCAGGUCUGCAAAUGUGUUGUUAUUUUUCGUACAUCAGUUGUAAAUGAAAGAGGUUGCUAAAUGUUUGUCUUGAUUAACUUUUGUUUAAACCACAUUUAUAACAGAAAAAUAAAUUGCCAUGUUCACAACGAAA